UCCAACAUGGCGGCCGGGUCGCUGCGGCUGGCUGUUGGUCUCCUGCUGAUUCAAAGCGGAGUUUUAAGUUUCCCUCUCGGCCAGGACGUCCCGCACGCUGCGACAUGCGGAUACGAGUCAUGCCAUGCCACGAUGCCCAACAUGCUCAACGUCCACCUGGUCCCUCACACACACGAUGAUGUCGGCUGGCUCAAGACAGUGGACCAGUACUACUAUGGAGACCGUAACGACAUCCAGCACGCGGGUGUGCAGUACAUCCUGGACUCGGUGGUGGACCAGCUGUUGAAGAACCCCGACAGGAGGUUCAUCUACGUGGAGACGGCCUUCUUCUUCCGCUGGUGGAAGCAGCAGAGCGACGGCAUGCGGCAGACGGUCAAACAGCUGGUGAAUGAAGGCCGUCUGGAGUUUGUGAACGGCGGCUGGUGCAUGAGCGACGAGGCCACCACGCACUACAGCGCCGUGAUCGACCAGAUGACCAUGGGCCUGCGGUUCCUCAACGAGACGUUCGGGCCCUGCGGUCGCCCCCGAGUCGCCUGGCACAUUGACCCUUUUGGCCACGCCCGCGAACACGCCUCCAUGUUUGCACAGAUGGGUUAUGAUGGCUUCUUCUUCGGUCGUCUGGACUACCAGGACCGGGAUCGCAGGAGGACUGAUAAAGACCAGGAGCUGCUGUGGAGGGCUUCCGACAGCCUCACGCCGCCCAUGGCCGACCUCUUCACCGGGAUCCUGCCUAACGGGUACAACCCCCCCGACGGCUUCUGCUGGGACCAGUCCUGUGAUGACCCGCCAAUCCGAGAUGACCCCGACCUGGAGGACUACAAUGUCGAUGACGUGGUGAAUCGCUUCCUCAUGAUCGCCAGCGGUCAGUCUUUGGUGUAUAAGACCAACCACAUCAUCAUGACCAUGGGCUCAGACUUCCAGUAUGAGAAUGCCAACCUGUGGUACAAGAACCUGGACAAGCUGAUCCACUACGUCAACGCCCGGCAGGCCAACGGCAGCAAGGUCAACGUGCUCUACUCCACCCCCUCCUGCUACCUGCAGGAGCUGCACCGGGCCAACCUCACCUGGUCUUUGAAGACAGAUGAUUUCUUCCCCUAUGCCGACAACGCUCAUAACUUCUGGACGGGCUACUUUACCAGCCGACCGGCUCUGAAACGAUACGAGAGACUCAGCAACAGCUAUUUGCAGACGUGUAAUCAGCUGGAGGUGCUUGGCGGGCCGUUCUCCGGGAGCGGGCCCUUUGGCCACGACGACAGCUGGACCAUGAGGAGAGCGAUGGCGGUGGCUCAGCACCACGACGCCGUGUCGGGCACGGAGAAGCAGCACGUCGCCAACGACUACGCCAGGAGGCUCGCCGACGGCUGGCAGCACUGUCAGGUUGUGGUCAGUAACAGUCUGGCUGCUCUCAGCGGCUCGUCUGCUAAACGGAUCUACUGUGACAACCUCAACAUCAGCGUGUGUCCUCUCACCGAGUCCAGCCACAAGUUCUCAGUGAAUGUGUACAACCCUCUCGCUCGGCCCGUCACUUGGCCGGUCAGGCUUCCUGUGAACGGGACAGCGUACACCGUGUUAGACGCUAACGGCAAACCUGUGGACAGCCAGGUGGUUCCAGUGUCCGGCGCCACGCGGCAGGUGAGGAAGAACCGGGGCUCCGCCGCCAACGAGCUGCUCUUCCAGGUUCAGGCUCCCCCUCUGGGCUUCAGCACCUACUCUGUGUCCCUGCAGCGGCGCGGCCCGCCUCCCGCCUCCACGCGGCCCCGCACGCCGCCCGCCAUCCAGAACAAGUUCCUACGAGCGACCUUUGACCCAGACACAGGCCUCCUGAGCAGCCUCAGUAAUCUGGAGACCAAACAGACCAUCAGACUGACACAGAACUUCUACUGGUACAAUGCCAGUGAUGGUAAUAGCUCGGUCAGUAACCAGCCGUCAGGUGCCUACAUCUUCAGACCAAACUCCUCCACGCCCUUCGUCAUCAGCAGGACGGCCAAGACAGAGAGCCUGCAGACCUCGGUGGUGCAGGAGGUGCGUCAGUGGUUUUCCCCCUGGGUGUCUCAGGUGGUUCGCCUGUACGCCGACAGCAGGGCUCUGGAGCUGGAGUGGACGGUCGGGCCGCUCCCCGUCGAUGACGACCUGGGGAAGGAGGUAAUCACUCGUCUAGACACGAGUAUCGACUCUUCAGGGAUUUUCUACACCGACUCCAACGGCAGGGAGGUGCUGCAGAGGAAGAAAGACUUCCGGCCCACAUGGGACCUGGAACAGACGGAGCCCAUCGCUGGAAAUUACUAUCCCAUCAACUCCCGGGCUUACAUCAAGGAUGAUGUGAACCAGCUGACUGUGGUGACAGAUCGCUCUCAAGGAGGAGGCAGCAUCCAGAAUGGCUCUCUGGAGAUCAUGCUCCAUCGCCGGCUGCUGUACGAUGAUGUGCGCGGGGUGGGCGAGCCCCUCAACGAGACCUCCGACGUUUUCCCAGAAGGCCUUGUGGCGCGCGGCCGCCUGCUGCUCACCCUCGACCGCCCGCAGAGCGCCGCCGACACACAUCGCCCCCUGGCACAGGAGGUGGUACUGCAGCCGCUCCUGACGUUCACCAGCGGGGAUCUGCACCCCAACACACGACUGGAGUUCUCCGGGCUGCAGGAUGCGCUGCCCCCUGCUGUCCACCUGCUGACACUGAGCCAGUGGGGCGAAGACUCGGUGCUGCUGCGUCUGGAGCAUCAGUACCAGAGCGGAGAGAGCAAGCAGCACACACAGCCUGUCACCGUCAACCUGCAGAAGCUGUUCUCCACUCUGGAGGUGCUCGGGGCGUCGGAGCUGAACCUGUCAGCCAAUCAGUGGAAAGAGGAGAUGACGCGUUUUGAUUGGAAGAUCCGUGCAGGUGAGAAGCCCCGGCCGAGGCGGCCCGCAGACCCGUCCGUGUGGGAGGUGACCCUGAAGCCCAUGGAGAUCCGCACCUUCAUGCUCCGAGUCAGACUCAGAUAGCCGAUCGCCGGCCGGGGUCCGAGUGGCAAGUCCGUUUCAAAAAUUAGCCAAUGCGAUGCCAAUCAGACGCGUUCCCGCCCGCUUUACUCUUCACUCUCGCCCGGAUCUGAUUCCACCGGGCGAGGCUGUACCGACGUUUGAGAUUGGACGGAAAUCUGUUGCCAGUCAAGGAGAUUAUCCUGUGUUCACACUGCAGGCCACUUGGGUCACUCUAUUCACACUGAUUAGAUGCAGUAUGUCGAAACAAUAGUCCUUUCGAAUUUUUACCGAAUACACUUUUGUUAAGAUGAUUCUUGUGUCCUGCUAAAACUUGAAAUCAACUUUUUUUUUUUUUUUUUUUUUUGUCUAGCUGAAACAAGGAAGUGCAGAAAUAGUCAAGUUGUGGCGUGUUGAAUGUUCAACCGAGUUUCUGUGGUCGCUCAGCUCUACAGGAAACCAAAGGGCUUCCCGGUGGCUUGUAAAUCACCUCGCUCGGUGUGAAGACGGGGUUAGACGCGUGUGGAAACCAAGAUUUGAUUUCUAAAUAUGUGAUCUCCCCCCAUGGCUGUUUUUAAAAUGUGGAAAAGAACCCGUGUUUGAUGAAUGGGAUGAAUUCUGAUUCGCUGUUUGCAGUCAUGGGCGUUCCUGGUUCAUGUUCAGGAUUGUCAUGCGCUGCGUUCGAGGUUGCCGUUUUUUUCCAAGAGGGAAAAAAAAACCUCAAUCAGCACUGUCAUAUCUUUUGUCAAUUUUACAAGAAUGUCCUUAAUCUUAACAUCGACAUCCGGGUUUGUUGGAGAUUACACAGUGGAUCGUGGAAGGAUUUUAAAUCUAGGGAGUAUUUUUCACUUGUGAGUUCUGUAUAUAUGCUGAAGCUGCCUUUUCCUCCCGCACACGCAUCACUCAGGGCGAGGCGGCGAGGCCGAAGAAGACUCCCGCUCACUUUGAAACACAAACGAAGCGAGAGCUAAAAUACCACUUACCGACUUUGGAACAGAAAAGACACAUUUUUCCAGCCCAUACAUGGUUUUCACCCACACAGAAAACUGUCCGGUCUCGAGUUUUUCUCGCUACGACAAACGGAUGCCAACUUGGAAUGACUGACUGAUCUGUGCAAUAAGUGUAAUCUUUGUAUUUCUGUCAAACGUGCGCCUGUGCCAUACAUGUAAAAAAAAAAUUUUUGUACUGAUCUCCAAGCAGCUCAUAUUAAAAAAAAAAAAAACUGCCUCAUGUUCUCGUU